UGACAGUUCAUGUUCAUCGACAUUUCAUUUUCUCUUCAGAAUUUCAGUGAUUUUGAUCUGUUUUAGGAAGAAAUGUUGAGUUAAAAUUAUUCACGAAUAUACAUAUCAAGAGAGAAACUUUAGUUUCUAAGUGGAUUAACAUAAUUUCAAGAUGCGCUCGAAGAUAAUUAUCGCGAGCGUAAUCCUAGCUUGUAUAUUGACAACAUGGCUGUUUGCGCGACUCUACCAGGAGUUAAUGACUGCGUACGAACAGUCCGGCAGUCUGAUGGAAGUCGAAUAUUCUUGGCUCUUCCGUCUUCUCCUGAACAUCGGUGGUUAUGCGACAGUCCUACUGCCCGGUUUCAUCCUAUACAAAUACCUCGAUAGGUCUAAUUACUUCGAUAAAAUAGGAAACUCCACCCAUCUCUCACGCAUACUGCACGCGUGUUUCGGCGAGCCGACCGAGCGGUUGCCGGAAUCCAUAAAGCCUACCAAGGUCGAAGAGAGCACCACCAGGGAAGGCGUGGAGCUGGCCUUCUGUUUCACUGGGCUCAUGGGGGCUUAUUUGGUGUGGGGACUGUUGCAGGAGAAGAUUAUGACUCAGCUUACGUGUGUGGGCCACUAUGUGCCUUCGGACGUGGCUCGGGCGCGCUCGCUUUGUUUAAAACCUUCUUUCAGAUUUAAGAGUGCAAGUCCGCUUUUGGACGGUAUAAGGAUGUAUCCUUGA